AUGCGUAUCCAAUCUUUCGCUCUCUUGGCUAGUGCCACCGCCGCCAUCGCUGCCGAGACAGUCACUCUGUUUCUACCCGGGUUCGAUGAGCAACGAAUUGAGGGCAAGGUCAUUGGAUCUAGCGGCUCCAUGACCAAGUAUCUUAUCAACUGUCCUGCCGACGUUGAUUCGGAUGACUGUGGCCUUCCCCCGGCUGGCAUGACCGUGAACCAAGGUUCUUCAACUGUCAGCCUAGGAUACAACAUGGAUGAUGUCACCAUCGCUGAGAGCUGCAAGUAUGAUUCCACGAGCGUAAAGUGCGGCGCAAUCUUUGACGAGCGUGGCACGACCUCCACAUGGAACUCGGCCAUCGCUAUCACGGAAAUUCCUGGCGGCGCAUUGAUGCCUGUGACGAUUACCGCAACUGGCACUGAUAGCAGUUCCGCCACCACUGGUGCCUCUGUCUCAGCUUCGACUGCCGUGUCGACUAGCGCUGCUACAUUGACCACCUCUGCUUCUACUUCUGAUACCACUGCCACCAGCACUAACACUGGUAUUAGUACUGUUACUAGCACUGCUGGCGCGUCCGCAGAUAGCAGCAGUGCUGCUGCCACUAGCCAGACUAAGAGUGGUAACGCUGCUAUGCCCAUGAAUCCUGGAAACACGCGCUGGGCUGCUGGUGGUGCUGCGGCUGCACUGGCCCUUCUCGCUCUUUGA